GCUGCUGCCGGGCUGCCGGGCACCCAGAGCCAAGCAAUGGCCGACUGAACAAGACAUUCAUGACUGCAUGAGCUCUCACCCCGGCCGCUGCCGCCACAUGUUUCCCUUGCAGGGCGCCUUUAGGUCGGUCGUUGCUUUGCGUUGCAGAGAUGAAGGUCGAUAUGAUCACGAAGUGUCUACUGUAAUGGCGAGGUGUUGGUAGGCUUAAGUAGGAAUUCAUCAGCUCCUCGAUCUUCAGCAGCAGUCGUGAUCCCUGUUUGAGUUAGAACUUGAACCCAAGGGAUCGAUGGCGUAGUCCAUUCCUGGAGGCUGUGGAACUCCGUCCCACUGCCAGUAUUGGUCCAAGGGCACCGGUCAGAAUAAUUCCUGCCAAGAUUGCGGUCGCUAUGCGCCCACCGCCGGUGUGGGAUACAAUUUCUGCUCCCAGUGCUAUACCAAAUCGUGUACGAGUUGCGCUUCUCUCAAGCUGCAAGGAGGUGCAACACAGUCACGGUCACGUGGAAGCCCAAGCUACGAUUCGGACGAUGAUGGCGAGAAGAAUCCAGUAACGCCGUCUGUAGUAUCGAUGGCGGAGACCGUGCUAGGAGGGUGUGGAACCCCGUCCCACAGCCAACUUUAUGGGUUUAACGGUGGGGGUGACACUAUUGCCUGCGACGAUUGCGGUCGCCCGGUGCCUGGCAACGCCGAUGUAGGGUACUACUUCUGCAACCAGUGCCAUGUCAGUUCGUGUGUGAGUUGCACUUCUCUCAAGCAAAGCCAUCCGGGCUCGUUCAAUGCUCCACGGGAGAAGAAAACCUUCAAUGCAGCUCAGUCGUCGCGUGCAAGCCCAGGGACGCGGACUUCUUACAAGGGGAAGAUCAGCUACGAUUCGGACGAUGAUGGCGAGGAGAAUCCGGGAAUGCCGUCUGUGGAAUUGAUGGCGGAGACUCCCAUUCCAGGAGGGUGUGGAACCCCGUCCCACUGCCAGUAUUGGUCUAGGGGCACGGGUCAGAAUAUUGCCUGCCAAGAUUGCGGUCGCUAUGUGCCCACCGCCCGUGUGGGAUACUAUUUCUGCUCCCAGUGCUACGCCAAAUCGUGUAUGAGUUGCGCUUCUCUCAAGCUGCAAGGAGAUGCAAAACAGUCACGGUCACGUGGAAGCCCACAGCAGCAGGCAACUGCAGCAGCGCAGAGAUCCCGUGGGCUUCCGCAACAGACUGUGAAUGCAGCACAGUCUUCACGUACAAGCCCAGCGACGCGGAAUUCUUACAAGGUGAACAGCAAUCCAGUAACGCCGUCUGUAGAAUCGAUGGGGAGGGCCAUUCGAGGAGGGUGUGGAAUCCCGUCCCACGUCCAACGUUAUUGGUGUAACGACAGGACUAUUGCCUGCGAAGAUUGCAGCCGCCAGGUGCCCACCGCCGGCGUAGGAUACUACUUCUGCAACCAGUGCGAGGUCAGUUCGUGUAUGAGCUGCACUUUUGUCAAGCAAGGCCAUCAGAGCUCGUCCAAUGCUGCUCCAUCUUCACGUGCAAGCCCAUUGGUGCUGGCUUCAGACGACGACAACGACGACGACGAGAAGCCAGUACUGCCGUGUGCAGGAUUGCUUACCCAUUCACUCGAAUUCCUGCAGAAAUCACCUUACUAUGGCAACUGUUUUGGCUGUAACAUGUGUGGGGAAGCAGGCUACAGCGAGCUCUACCACUGCGAAUCUUGCCAAUUCGCCGCACACAAACAGUGCGCAGAAGUCGAGGAGGAAGUCAAGGUUUUCUACCACAAGCAUCCGUUGCAAAGAUAUUACACAGGUGAAGAUGAAGAGGACAUCAUUUGCCAAUGUUGCCAGGGAGAAGUAGAGGAAGAUGUCAGCCCUUGGGUGUACAAGUGUCCCGACUGCACCAACUUUGCUGUGCAUGCGCGCUGCGCGAAGUACGCCAAGUCGUUGACGCAUGGAAGCCAUCCUCAUAAGCUCAAGCUGGUGCACAAGUCAUCGAAAGGCAAAUCCCGGCAAUGCGGUUGCGAUGGAUGCGGCAAUGAAAUACUCCACACCUUCCAUUACACUUGCACCAAGUGGGGGUGUGACUUCGAUCUGCACCCGUUGUGCGCGGUGCUUCCAACCAAGCCUCUUUGUCGAAUGAAUCCUUCUCACCGUGUGGAGAUAGAUUAUUUUCCACUGGCGUCUGAGCAGUGCGCCCUUUGCGAUUCCCCGUCAGAUGAAGCCUGGUUGUAUCGAUGCCGCAUCUGUGAUGUGUCCAUGCAUGUCGACUGCUUCAGUGCUGAGACAGACGAAGAUUCCAGCGAUGACGAGGAUGACGAGGAAGACGAAGAUUUGGGUGAGCUAUAUCAGAAAUUCAUAGAUUCCAUGGACGAUUUCGGCAACCAAGGCAAUGAGGAGAAGGUGGACAAGCUCUCGGAGCUCGUGAAUAGCUUCAAGAGCACCACGGAAGCUGCAGCAGCUUCGUCGCUUCCCAGACAAAGUUCAGUAGUGACAUCAAGGGUGCAUCCGAAGGUUAGCUCACUUGCUCGGAGUGAGACGCACAUCUUGGAUCAAGGGUUCGCGAACAUGAGUCUGGGCGACUGCUCACCAUCCAGAUAUCAACGCGACAGCUCACCACCCCCAUAUUUCCCAGAUGACAACCCACAAUCCACAUAUUCCCCAGGCGGCAGCCCAGAUCUCGCGAGAGCGACGCAUCGGAGGAAGAGCGUCGAAGGAUCAAGCAGGCCGCCAAGGAGCAAAGGCGGAAAGAGAAGGCAGCAGCGAGGGAAUUGCAGGAGCAAGAGAAGGCAGCGCGGAGAGAAGAGAAGGCGAAACGGGAAGCGAAGGUAAUUGCUGAAUUGCAGAACAUCGCAA